AUGGACGCCAAAGAGAUCGAGGUCAAGGCCAAGGCCUUGACCAAGGCUGCGACACAGAACGAGUCUGCGCCGGUCAUUCUGAAUAUGCUCAAGGAGAUUCAAAAGGGGGUACGGGCAUCAGAAGACCUCCUGCGACAGACGCGCAUCGGCAUCAUCGUCAACAAAUUCAAGCAGCACAAGUCACCGGAGGUGGCGCGACUGUCGAGCGAAAUUGUGUCCAAGUGGCGGACAGAGGUGAACAAGCAGAAGCAGGGUGGAGCGUCGGCCGCGAGCCGGGGGUCGAGCGGGUCGCCAAGGCCGCAGAAUGGGACGAGCACGUCAACGCCAGCGGGCGCAACGCCAUCGGAGAAGGCAGCAAAGCUGUCGGUGCCGCCGGACAAGCGCACCUGGAAGGCAGACGGGGUGGAUGUGAACCAGACCUCGAACAAGGUGCGCGACAGCUGCACGGGAUUGAUGUAUGACGGGCUGUGUCUGGGGUCGACGGAACCGCCCAAGGCGGUACUGGCCAAGGCAGUGGCCGUGGAGACGGCGGCGUUCAAUGUGCUGGGACCCGAGACCAAGGAGCAGUACCGCACGAAGAUCCGGAGUUUGUUCCAGAACCUCAAGAACAAGUCGAACCCGAACCUGCGCGUGCGCGUGCUCAACGGCGAGAUCGACCCGGAUCGGUUCGUGCGCAUGUCGAGCGACGAGCUGCGGUCUGCGGAGCAGCGCGAGGCUGACAACAAAAUAAAAAAGGAGAAUAUGGACAAGGCCAUGGUUGCUCAGGCCGAGCGCAGUAUCAGUACUAGCCUGCAGUGCGGCAAGUGCGGCCAGCGCAAGGUGACCUACACCGAGGCACAGACCCGCAGCGCGGACGAACCGAUGACGCUGUUUUGUACGUGCUUGAACUGCGGCAAGUCCUGGCGGCAGUGA